UCUGUUUGAGCUGAAAGACUUUUUUAAAUCCUACAUUUAAAUCAUUUUUCAUUAAGCUGAUAAAAUGUUGAUAAACCUGAUCACUGAGAGGUGAGACCUUUGUCACGGCUUCAGACGCUCCAAUAAUAAAGUCAAAUGUGGGGAAUAAGUGAUCGCAUCCAUCAGCGUGAGCGUGCGAGGAUCGGUCGCCUGCAGUUGAUGAAUGGACUCGGACCCUAACCGAGUUUCUCUACAUGUAGAUCAGAUCAUAAAAGCACAUUUAAAUAAAAGCUCACAGUGGAAUCAGGAGUGCGUCUCUACUGACCUCUGCACCCACAUUUACAGCCUCGCUUUAAAUCAACUCUUUUUCCUCUUUUCACCUUUAGUCUGCUCUUUAUUCUAAAUCUUAAAAAAAAGAGAAACUCGAUUUUCUCAUGUUUUAUAUCAUUUAAAGGAUCGUUUUCUGUCUUUGUCACGUACGUAAUAAUGUAAUUAGUUACAAUACACAAGCGUCUAAAUUACUGAAUGUUCAUACUAACAGUUCAUCCAUGGGAGUUUAACAAAUAAGCAAAAAUUAAAUUAAAAACAUAAAAUUAUUUUUAUUAAAAAGUAAAAAACCACACCGGCUGAUGUGGAAGUGAAGCAGUGGGGGUGUUUGGGUGGGGGGUGUUUACGUCCAUCCCCCCUUUAUUUUCUCUUCACCCUGCGAGCGGGUCGGGGAUGUGUCCCAAAAGAGCGAACCCCCCUUCACUCUACCCCGCCCGUCCUGCUUGUAUUCGAGGCGGCUCAUUUGUUCAUUGUUCACUUUGUUAAAUUAAAACCUGCAGGCUGAUAAAUUAUUAUUAAAUAUAAUUUUUAAUUAUCGCUGAUCGUUUUUUGGUCGAUCAGCUGCUGAAAUUUUUAUUUACAUUUACAAUUAGUUUUUUCAUCACUCACAUUCUUCCUGGAGAAAGAUCACCUCCUCUCCUCCUCUCCUCUUCCCUUUCUGCUCCUCUUCAUCAUAUUUUUACUUUGAAUUUCCUGGAAAUAAUUUAAUUCUCCUCCUUGUGUUUUUCCUCUUCUUCAUUUGUGCAGAUGGGUUUUCUCUCCUCCUUCUCCUCUUCUCUUUUCCUUCCUCUGCUUGUCGGUUUGCAGCCCUGACUUGGUCCACCCCUCGGAGCCUCGGAGGCCUUCGCCCCUUAAGACUGGAGCGCCUGUGAAAAACCUGCCUCGCUUCCUGUCUGACAGUCAGAUCGUCUCAGAGGAAGUUUCUGAGUGAGGUGAUGAAAAUCAGACAAAAGACAAAAGCAAAGGAAGCAGCAGACAACUGAAGAUCGGUCUCAGUGAACCACAGGACGCAGGAACGCACCGUAACGGCUGACUGGACAUUUACUGAUGGAGAUGAUCGAUUGAGAUGAUCAGGAUUCAGAGAUAAUUGGAUUUCUGAAGCAGUCAUGGCUACAGACACCUCUGAGAUGGGAAAAACAGGCCCAAACCUAUUUGUGACCAGGUCACAGCGCUCCCUGGUGAUUGAGCACGAGACUAUUUAAGCUCAGGUGUUUUAACACCUGUGUCGGCUUCACGUUACCCAGGUUUCAGUGAGCGAACACCUCCGUACCGCUGGUGCUUAGAUUGGUCCCUCUGAGCAAGCGGGAAGUGGUCACAAACUUGAGUCAUAGAAGACAUUUGCUGUGUUAGAAACAUGAAGACAGGACCUGGUCCUGAAGCUGAACCAGAACUAGACCCUGGUGACUGCUGUUCAGGUUCUGGAUCAGGGUCAGAAAUAAUUCCACCUUGUGGAGCCAUGACCUCAUCCCUGGAUGAGAGUCUGAACUCGGUCUGGUCUUUCAGCCUCCGUCUGGCCUGAGCUGCUACCACAGAGACCAUCAGGGACCCAUUGACCUGGCUCAGGGUCUGAUAACAGACCCAGGACCACAAGGACUGGAUCGCUGAGCGGAUUUUCAUCACAACCACACGAAGUGAUGGGAUAAACUAGAAACCAGUUCAGACUGAGAGAGAGAGAGAAAGCAGGUGACUGCAUGGGGCGAUCAAGACCUCUCUCUCUAGCUCUGGUUGGUUGGCACCUCCUCCCCCUCCUCCGCCUCCUCCUUCUCUUCAUCUCACUCUCGCACACCCGCACACUCACAUCGUCUCUCACCUCUCCUCUCCUUAUAAGGCCAGGCUCCACCCCCGCCGUGAUGUCGUCAGCAGCAAGGAGGAAGACCCGUGGGGUUUUUGGGUUUUGGCGUCCAGUCCUGUGGGGCCGCAGGGCUGAGAGUUUCUCCUCCGCUCCUCAUCCCUCCAUCCAGGCCCACCUCCUCUCUCCUCCUCUCUUUGGGGAAAAGAAAAAAGACACUUUGCUUGAUUCACCGUCCGGACCUGGCUGUUCUCCCCCUCGUUUUCUCAUCCUCUGAGGAUUUUAUUUCUCUUUUCCUGUUUCCUCCUCCUCCGGCCUUUUUUUCUGUCACUGAUGAUCAAGAAUAAAAAAAAACCUUCUUAAAAACUUGCAGACUGGAUUUUUUUCUGUCCUGAAAAGUUGAAUUAAAUCUGCAAAUCAGACAAAAAGUUCUGCAGAAUUUUAAACUCCUCAUUUUUCUUCAUCCUCGCCACCUUGUUUUAUACCUCGACGUGCGGGUGAAGAAAAUGUCGCCCGUUCAGAAGCCUCGCUCCGUCCUGUAGAUCACAUUUUUUCUGCUGGACUUUUUCUUCUUCUUCUUCUUCUUCUUGUCUUUGUGGCUGAGCUGCAGCAGCGCCGCUCACAGCGUCCGGGCCCCUGAGAUGUUUGGCAUCCAGGACAACCUGCCCCGUGGGGCCACGGCCAACAUGAAGGAGGAGCCACUCGCCGUUCGCUCCUGGAUGCACUCGGCCGGUGUGGUGGACGCCAACACGGCUGCUCAGAGUGGGGUGGGAUUAGCUCGCGCUCACUUUGAGAAGCAGCCGCCGUCCAACCUGAGGAAGUCCAAUUUCUUCCACUUCGUGCUGGCUCUGUACGAUCGCCAGGGUCAGCCCGUUGAGAUCGAACGCACUGCCUACGUCGACUUUGUGGAAAAGGAGAAGGAGCCGACGGGAGAGAAGACCAACAACGGGAUCCACUACAAGCUGCAGCUGCUCUACAGUAACGGAGUGAGGACGGAGCAGGACCUGUACGUCCGCCUCAUCGACUCCAUGACCAAACAGGCAAUCAUCUAUGAAGGCCAGGACAAAAACCCUGAGAUGUGCCGAGUUCUGCUGACGCACGAGAUCAUGUGCAGCCGCUGCUGUGAUAAGAAGAGCUGCGGAAACAGGAACGAGACGCCGUCAGACCCCGUCAUCAUCGACAGGUUUUUCCUCAAGUUUUUUCUGAAGUGUAACCAGAACUGCCUGAAAAAUGCAGGAAACCCACGAGACAUGAGGCGAUUUCAGGUGGUCGUGUCAACAACAGUGAAUGUGGAUGGUCACGUUCUCGCUGUCUCCGACAACAUGUUCGUGCACAACAACUCCAAACAUGGCCGCCGGGCGCGGAGACUGGACCCGUCUGAGGCCACUCCCUGCAUUAAAGCCAUCAGUCCCAGUGAGGGGUGGACGACGGGCGGCGCCACCGUCAUCCUGAUUGGCGACAACUUCUUCGAUGGCCUUCAGGUCGUCUUUGGCACCAUGUUGGUGUGGAGCGAGCUGAUAACCCCUCACGCUAUCCGAGUCCAGACUCCGCCCCGGCACAUCCCCGGAGUUGUCGAGGUCACGCUGUCCUACAAGUCCAAACAGUUCUGUAAAGGAGCGCCGGGACGCUUCGUCUAUACAGCGUUAAAUGAGCCUACCAUCGAUUACGGCUUCCAGAGGUUACAGAAGGUCAUCCCCCGCCACCCUGGAGACCCGGAGAGACUGCCGAAGGAGGUGCUGUUGAAGAGAGCAGCAGACCUGGUGGAGGCGCUCUACGGGAUGCCUCAUAAUAACCAGGAGAUCAUCUUGAAGAGAGCAGCAGACAUCGCUGAAGCGCUCUACAGCGUUCCCAGGAACCACAACCAGAUCCCAUCGCUAGGCAACACCGCCUCCCAUGGCAUGAUGGGCGUCAACUCUUUUAGUGGGCAGCUCGCCGUCAACGUCUCUGAGACAACGCAAGUCGGCUACAGUCGAAACACCAGCAGUGUGUCACCACGAGGAUAUGUACCAAGCUCCACCCCCCAACAGAGUAACUAUGGCAACACAGUCAGCAACAGCAUGAAUGGCUACGGCAACACAGGCAUGCCAAACCUUGGGGUGGCAACAUCACCCGGUUUCCUCAACGGGUCAUCGGCCAAUUCACCCUACGGCAGUAAGUAUCAAGUUGUUCCCUCCAGUCCCACCAUGGCCGUCUCUAACUGUAACUCCUCGCAUGGAGUUUUUUCCUUCUCGGCUGCCGUCAAACAGAAGAGCGCCUUCGCUCCCGUUGUUCGGCCGCCAGCUUCACCUCCUCCUCCACCCAACUGCUCCGCCAACAACGCCAAUGGGCUGCAAGCCAUGUCCGGCCUCGUCGUUCCUCCCAUGUAGAAAACCUUCCUCCUCGUUCCUCAGCUGUCUCCUCCCCCUCAGCCACGAGCACUAAUCACCUCAGAGGAGGAGGGACCUGUGGCCUAAGGAGGCGGGGUCUCUGGCAGCAGCCGGUCGUCUGUGACUGGGCCGAGCCUCUGGUCUCAAAGAAGAACCUGAGAAGGACUUUUUGUAGAGCAGCUUUCUGCAGGUGCUUUCAGCUGUCUGUAAUUAUUCUGAUGUUAUACUCUAUGUUUGGGGGCGGGGUCAUUCGAUAUAAAAACUGUGAUGUCACAUCCGAGACUUGACUUCACUUAGACUGCUUGUGAUGUAAUCUUAGUUGAAGAAAUGGGAAUCUAAAGAUGAGUGAGAUUAAAGGCUUCAAAUUACAGGAAACAGUUCCAUCCAUCCAUCAAUCCAUCUUCUUCCGCUUUAUUCGGGGCUGGGUCACGGGGGCAGCAGCCUAAGCAGAGAAGCCCAGACCUCCCUCCCAGCCACCUUCUCUAGCUUGUCUGGGGGAACACCAAGGCGUUCCCAGGCCAGGCGAGAGAUAUAAUCUCUCCAGCGUGUCCUGGGUCUGCCCCGGGGCCUCCUGCUGAGACAUGCCCGGAACACCUCACCCAGGAGGCAUC